CUAAAGAAAACACACGGUCAUCGAGCUCAGGAAAAGCCACGGCAUAUAUCUGCUAUGUGAGAUGCUCGUCUCGUCCACGUUCCCCAGGUACAUCUCAGUCUGGAAACCUGGGCAUGCGACCUGAUCGCACUGGGCGGGUGUCCUCAGCAUCAGCUUUUGAGUCUCUUCGAUGGCCUCCAAGACGAUGCUCACCUCCCUUUCUGCGACAGCAUCGCAGAGCUGCAACGAUAUGCCGAGCAAGCAGGCCCCCGUUUGUUUCCUUGUGAGCUUGUCAGGUUCAAGCGGCGGAGGAAAAACAGCAUGCCUUUGCAAUGUACAGUACCUUGUUCUUCAGAACCGUGCAAGGAAGCUCACGGUUCAACGAGGGUGUGUCUACUUGAAGUCGAAUGAGUGAGUGCCUCAAGUCUGAUUCGGGCUGCUUGACCCGC